AUGAAGUCAUCUUUUGGCAGUUUGGCAUUGGCCGCUGCUACGAGCCAACUCACUUCGGCAUCGCCCGUCUCAAGCUUUUAUGAUGGCCCGCUAGUCCGCAACGAUGUUUUCGCUGUCCGUGGAACUUCCUGGCCAAACGAUUCCAAUGUGAAUUUUUUUGGAAAUAUACCAUACGCUGAGCCACCUGUUGGAACUCUGCGCUUCAGACCGCCCGUCACAAAAACCCCAGAUCCGCAUCAUGUCAUCAACGGGACGUGGUUUGGGCCAUCUUGCGUGCAGUACAGCAGUGGCAACCCGACUGUUUACUCGGAAUAUUUGGAAGGCUUUCUUCUGUCUCCAGGUCAGACGCAAGAUGAAGACUGCCUGACCCUCAACGUGUGGGCGCCAAAGGGCACACGGCAAGGCGACAAUAAGGCGGUCAUGAUAUGGAUACAUGGCGGGGGCCACACAAGCGGAGGUUCGGCAAGUCCGUAUAAAUACGGCGAUCGUCUUGCGUCUGAUCAGGAUGUUAUCGUUGUGGCCAUGAACUAUCGAUUGAACAUAUUCGGCUAUCCUGGUGCUGCCGCACUCGACGGGAGGAAUUUGAACCCCGGAUUGAUGGACCAACGUAAGGCUGUAGAGUGGACUUAUCAGAAUAUCUACGCCUUUGGUGGAAAUCCAGAGCUUAUGACUCUGUUCGGACAGAGCGCCGGCGGCCAAAGUGUGGACUUUUACAACUACGCCUACCCGGWUGAUCCGCUCGUUGCCGGCUUCAUCGCUCAAUCAGGGGUGGCGAAUGCUGCUGUCGGGAAUGGCGGUGUCUACGACUCUGGCAGUAACUUCACAUACAUUGCCUCUUCUCUCGGGUGUGGCGAUGUCAUGGACAAGAACGAAGAGUUCGAGUGCAUGCAAAACAUCAGCGCAAAGGCUUUGAUCGAGGUCUACAACAAGUACAACGCCACACUAAAUGGAGGGAAGCCACUCUCCUUCACAACCCUUGCGGAUAACCAGACUCGAUUCUCCAACUAUACCGAUCUGCAAGCACGUGGCUUGUUCGCUCGUAUACCCACGAUAUAUUCUUCAGUCGACAACGAGGGAGCAUCACUUGCCAAGUACAAUGAGGCUGGUGUCAACCAGACCGUAGCAGAUAGCAUCACGUUGAGCCUCGCAACCUGUCCAGGGGCGGUAGCGAGCGCCGCGCGAACUAAUUACGGUGUACCUGUCUGGCGGGUGCGAUAUUUUGGAGUAUGGCCAAACCUCAAUCCAUUGAGCUGGCUGGGUGCCUACCAUUCGAGCGAUAUUCCGAUGAUCUUUGGAACUUCUGAUCUGCGUGGUCCAGACACCGCUGCAGAGGUUGCAACGUUGAAGUACUACCAGACUGCCUGGGCUACAUUUGCAAAGGAUCCGGUUCAAGGUCUUGUCAAGUAUGGAUGGCCUACCUACAGUCCGGAGGCGAAGACCUUGGUACAACUCGGUCUCAAUGACACAACUACUGCGGUGUUGAACGAGGGGACAGCCUUUGACGGCCCUUGUCAGGCGUGA